UCAGUUAAUCUCAUUGCUUCUCUCUCCUCCCGCUUCCCCUAUUCUCUCUCUCUCUCUCUAAAACUUGUGUGAAAUUGUGGUUAUGGCGGCGAGGAUUGAGCGCGGAGAUCUAUGGAAGAACAAGGCCCGGUCUUUGCAGCUCCGGCUCAGGGACCGGUUCCGUGUGGUGGUCGACCGGAGGCUCCGCCGCCACCGGAUCUUCUCCUCCGACGGUUGCUUCUCCUCCACGCUUCAGCGCUGGAUGCAGCGCUUCCGUGACUUCCGUACGGACUCUCUCCCUUCCUCCUCUGCCUUCUACCGCAAACGAGUGAGUAAGAACUUCAGUGCCGAGGAAGAUUCGGUUAUUCUUCGAAUGCUUCAAGCUGUUGCUGUUCCUGUUAUUGGGAAUGUUUGCCAUGUAUUUAUGCAUGGAUUAAAUCGUAUUCAGGUCUAUGGGGUAGAGAAAUUACAUGAGGCAUUGCUAGAUAGAUCCAAGGACAAGCCUCUUCUGACUGUGAGCAACCAUGUUGCUUCUGUGGAUGAUCCUUUUGUUAUUGCUGCUUUGCUUCCUCCGCGUGUUCUUUUUGAUGCUCAGAACGUGAGAUGGACCAUUUGUGCAACUGAUCGGUGCUUUAAAAAUCCUGUAACUUCUGCAUUCUUUCGAUCGGUCAAAGUCUUGCCAGUUUCUCGUGGUGAUGGGAUUUAUCAGAAGGGUAUGGACAUGGCUAUUUCGAAACUAAAUCGAGGUGGGUGGGUUCACAUUUUCCCAGAAGGUAGUCGCUCUCGUGAUGGUGGAAAAACCAUGGGAUCUUCCAAAAGAGGAGUCGGGAGAUUGGUCGUCGAUGCUGACAAUGUCCCCAUUGUUGUUCCAUUUGUACAUACUGGGAUGCAGGAAAUCAUGCCUAUUGGAGCCAAUCUCCCAAGGAUUGGAAAGACGGUGAUGGUACUUAUUGGUGAUCCUAUCCGUUUUGAUGAUUUGCUUGAUGCUGAAGGAGUCAAAGGCGAAUUCACGGGAAGAUUAUAUGAUGCAGUAGCUUUGAGAAUUGGUCAUCGAUUACAUGAAUUGAAAGUUCAGGUUGACCAGUUGGCUCUUCAACAACAAAUAGAAUCUCAAAACUAUCAAGGCAGGAACACAGAACGAGCUGCUGUGAUUCUGCAGCAGGUUGAUUGGGAAUUAUUUGGCAUGGGAAGCCCUACUUUUAAUGACGAUGAAGCAUCGCCUGCACAAGAAAUCCAAAUCCAACGAAAGUUGGAUGUAGCUCAUCACCCACAAGAGCCAGUAUCUUCUGACAGAUAUUUCCGAGUUGGACUCUCCCAUGAGGAACGGAUUGCGUCAAGAAUGCAGAACUUCAUGGACCCAACUGAGUUGAUGGGUUUUGCGGCCAGAGGUUUAUUCAUGAAUCAUAAAUUGGAUAAAAUUUCUAAUUCUACCCCUCCUGCAGGGAUUGGUCCCUUGCAAGUAUGGAAGCAAUUUUUAGAAGCUAAUUUUCUACGACAAUGGAAGUACUGCUAACCAUGAUACCCGCUAGAAGCUAAUGUGAAAUAGAAUUUUGAUUGUUCAUAAAUAAGAGAGAAGUUUUGAUUUUGGCCUGAA